AAUGGCCAAUGCCGCAGGCGGUCAACCACUUGUAAUUUUACCUUUCAAGUUCCAGUUCCUACGGUAGACCGUUUGAUCAACGUUUAAUUUUUCGACAGGUAGUCGUCACGAUUUAAGACAAUUACUCUUGCCCGCUUGUACUCUUCAGUGUUAUUAACACGUGUUUUCAAUCAGGCGUUAAAAGUACGGUGGAUGGCCGCCCGUACCAAAGUGAAAGGAAGGACAAAGGAUCACCGCGGAAAAGGAUCCGCGAACUCGAACUGUGUACUUAUGAAUUGGAACGUAAAAUGGAGGGUCGCGUAGCUGGUCGACAAUAUUCGUUGCUAUUCUCCACAGCCUUUUCUUGUUCGUGAAGAUCCAACGACUCGAUAUUGUUACUGUGGCGUAAACAAGGGUGGAGAAUGGAAUGGAUGGAUCGUGCCCCCUACUUCUCUCAAAUUUUGGAGAACAGGAUGGUUCGGAGCGUGGAGUUGGAUACCUGGUGCAGAAGCUGCCGCUGUACAGGCCAAGCCCAGACACGAGCGACUUGGGCUACCACACCUUGGACAAUAGUGCUUGCAGGUCCUCGUCGUCUACGUCAAACGCCACGGCCCCCAUCAAGCAUCAACACCAGCAUCAACAGCAAAAGACUCUGUGCCACUUGGACGACGACUUGUUAUUGAAGAUUUUUGACUGGCUGACAACCAGGGAACGAUGUACAGUAGCUCAAACAUGUCGUAGACUGCGAGACGUUGCGUGGCAUCCCUCCCUGUGGCACGACGUAGAGAUCAACCAUACACAGUGUGUGACUACAGCUCUGAACGCAAUAGCACGUCACGGUCACCAUUCCAGAAUCCAUCGUCUUAUAUUGGAAGGAGCCAGUGGACAUCCUGGAGUUCUGGCGUCUCUUCCUUUGCCAAGACUGACGACUCUGGCCUUGCGUCACCUGAGACGUGUUAACGAUGACACUGUGGCAGCAAUACUGGACAAUUGUAUGCAUUUGAGAGAACUAGAUUUAACCGGAUGUGCCUCUGUCACAAGAGCCUAUACUCACGGCGGUGCUCUGCAGCUUCAAUCAUUGGAUAUGAGCGAUUGCCAUGGCGUAGAUGAUGCUGGCCUUGCUCUCACCCUCUCUCGCAUGCCUCAUCUCUCUUGUCUUUAUUUACGACGUUGUGCACGAAUCACCGAUGCCAGUCUUGUCGCUGUGACUUCGUACUGUGGAACUUUGCGUCAACUUUCCGUAUCAGAUUGUGCAAGAGUAACCGAUUUUGGUGUGCGAGAGUUGGCUGCGCGCUUGGGUCCGUCUUUGAGGUACCUUUCCGUUGGGAAAUGUGAUCGUGUUUCGGACGCUGGACUUCUAGUUGUCGCGCGGCAUUGCUACAAAUUAAGAUACCUAAAUGCCAGAGGAUGCGAGGCACUCAGCGAUACUGCAGUCCUUGCAUUGGCUAGGGGCUGCCCCCGCAUGCGUGCCUUUGACCUCGGGAAGUGUGACAUUGGUGAUGCAACCCUGGAGGCUCUGUCGACAGGUUGUCCAAACUUGAAAAAGCUCUCUUUACGGGGCUGUGAACGUAUAUCUGACGUCGGCCUUGAGGCCCUUGCCUACUAUGUCCGUGGCUUGCGGCAAUUGAAUAUCGGAGAUUGUCCAAGAGUCACUUGUGUUGGAUAUCGUGCUGUUAAACGCUAUUGUCGACGCUGUGUCAUCGAGCACACCAAUCCUGGCUUCUCCAGUUGAUCUUUAGCAUCACUUGCGUUUUAUCGCUCAAUCCAGUGUUAUUUUUAUAUUUAAGUAUAUUUUUUUCGCUCCUUUUGUGUUCUCUUCAACUGCCACAUUCCACCAAAUUAAGCAGUCCCAAUUUGUGGGAUGAUUUUAAUCCGUCCAGUGCCACUUAGUGUUGCCAUUUAAAAAUAUUAAAUUGUAUGAUGAUCGUGUAAAGAUUAUUAUUGAGAAAUGAACAUACAUAUACAAUUACAGCAUCAAACGAAAAGAGUAGAUAUAAAUAUAUAUAUUUGUGAAAUUUUAUCGAAUUUAAUAUGUGGUGAAAAAAAACGUAUACUCACCUUAUUCAACCUUAUUUACCUGAAAAUAAGACACAUCGGACUAUAAAACUUCAUAAACCAGUGCUCAAAGUCGACUGUUUCUUACUUUUGUGUAAAUAUUGUUACUUACACGAAUGUAUACGCUACGUUAAUAUUAUGAUAGACAACAUGAAAUUUAUGAUGAGUGAGUUCGAAGCGUACGUGACCCUAAAAAAAUUUAACCGACAAGAAUCUAUUAAAACAACAACAAUUGUUAAUGAAACCUUCAACUUAUUUGGUCAGCAUUAUAUAGUGUAAUCCUUCAGUUCGAUUAAACCGUGAUUCACUCAGUAUUUUUAGUGAAUUCGGAGAAAUUUAUAUAUCUUAGAACUGUGCUGGCCGCUUAUUACCGACGCUUUUCUGAUCAAUGGAAAUUUGUUCAUAAGACCGUACGUAUGUAUAAUGAUAAGUGUGACGAGGUAGAUAAAGAUAGAGGGUAUAUCUAAAAACGGAUAAUGAAUUUUUAUAUCUGUGCGUUUUCUACACAAAAUGCAUAAAAAAGAUAAUACGCGUUAUAGCGCAAGGUUCCCGUACCAUUUUUAUCGUACCGCGUUCGUUAAUGUUCAAAGUCCUUUUAUCUCAGCCCAACUAACACGUUCUUGCAUGUUUAUUCAAACGAUGGAGGUGUUACUAUUUCUCUCUUCGAGUAGAUUUUGCGAGGAAAAAAUAGAAGCUUCAUCGUAAAAUCGAGGGUUAUGGGUAGGCGAUAUACAUAUAUUUCGUUUUAACACGUGUCAAAAGUUUUAUAUUUAUACUCUAUAGUACUUAAGGUAAUAAAUUAAAGAAGUAACAAAUAUAGAAAUGAAUAUAGCAUGAUGAUAAUGACUUCAUGACUUGUUAUAUUUUUAAUUUAUUUCUCGCAAUAUAUAACGAUGUAUAAAAAAAGACAAAAAUAUUAGAUAGAAAAAAUAAAAUAUCAAUCACAUA